AUGAACAAAGGGACAGAACGUUGAAACAGCUUGCUUUUGAUGCCUGGCGAGAGGAUGACUCCAACAAUUCAGCAACUGCGUGACUCAGGAGCCAAAGAUUGGGCGUCUGAGAUCAUGCAUCCUGGACUCGAAUCCCGCCAUGAGCAAGGAGAGGCCUCGACAAGGCAUGCAGAUAAUUGGGAACCAGAAAACACCGCACAUUUGGACGCAUUGCUGACUAUCAAUGGGAUUAGGUGGGAUUAG